AUGCUGGAGGCCCCAGGCCCGGCUAUUCCUUCCCGUAGCCCGGCUCUGGACCUGCCCGCUCCUGGGCUCCCGGCUCCUCCCACGCAGGUUGGCAGGUUGCAGAUCACCAGGCAGUGUGGCUCCAGGGGCCAGGGAGAGCUUGGGGCUGUGGUCAGCGUGCCAGCCCCUCCCGAGGGGGGCGCCCUGGGAGACGGCUUGGCGGAUGUGGGCCUGGCUGCUGAGCGGGCCCGAGAGGCUGACGUUGACCAGGGCUCCCUGCGUAUCCGACCUGCCCGGGAGCUGCUGGAAGAUGUGGAUGAGUGCCAGGUGCACAAUGGCGGCUGCCAGCACAGCUGUGUGAACACGCCAGGCUCCUACGUCUGUGAGUGCAAGCCCGGAUUCCGGCUCCACGCGGACGGCAGGACCUGUUUGGCCCUGGAGGUACCCGAGGAGGACCUGGACGGCCAGCUGCCCUUCGUGCGGCCCCUCCCACACGUCGCGGUGCUCCAGGACGAGCUGCCCCACCUCUUCCAAGAUGACUACGUGGGGGCCCAGGAGGAGGCAGCAGCGGUGGAGGCCCGGGGCGAGCACACGCUGCUGGAGAAGUUCGUGUGCCUGGACGCCUCCUUCGGCCAGGACUGCAGUCUCACCUGUGAUGACUGCAGGAACGGGGCCACCUGCCUCCCGGGCCUGGACGGCUGUGACUGCCCUGAGGGCUGGACCGGGCUCAUCUGCAAUGAGACUUGUCCCCCAGACACGUUUGGGAGGAACUGUAGCUCGUCCUGCAGCUGUCAGAACGGGGGGACCUGCCACCCCGCGACGGGGGCCUGCCGCUGCCCCCCUGGCGUCUCUGGAGCCCACUGUGAGGACGGCUGCCCCAAGGGCUUCUACGGCAAGCAGUGCCACAAGAAGUGCCACUGUGCCAAUCGUGGCCGGUGCCAUCGCCUCUAUGGGGCCUGCCUCUGCGACCCGGGGCUCUACGGCCGUUUCUGCCACCUGGCCUGUCCUCCGUGGGCCUUCGGGCCGGGCUGCUCGGAGGAGUGUCAGUGCGAGCAGCGGAACACGCUUGCGUGUGACCGGAGAGACGGCAGCUGUUCCUGCAAAGCAGGCUUCAGGGGCGAGCGGUGUCAGGAUGAGUGCGAGCCAGGCUUCUUCGGGCCGGGGUGCCUGCAGGCAUGUGCCUGCCCUCAGGGCGUGGCCUGUGACCCCGUCAGCGGCCAGUGUGGGAAGCAGUGUCCCGCCGGCUACUGGGGGAAGGACUGUGACCAAGAGUGCCCGGAGGGGACGUUCGGUGUGAACUGCUCGGGCUCCUGCUCCUGUGGGGGGGCACCCUGCGACCGGAUCACGGGGCAAUGCCAGUGCCCUCCAGGGAGGACUGGGGACGACUGUGGGGCAGAUUGUCCCGAAGGCCGCUGGGGGCUGGGCUGCCAGGAAAUCUGCCCCGCGUGUGAGCACGGUGCCGUCUGCGAGCCCGGGACCGGAGCCUGCCUGUGCCGCCCCGGCUACACGGGCAGCCGCUGCCAGGACGCGUGCCCGGCGGGCUGGUUUGGGCCCGGCUGCCAGAUGAGGUGCUCCUGUGCCAAUGACGGGCACUGCCACCCGGUGACCGGACGUUGCAGCUGUGCCCCCGGGUGGACCGGCCUCAGCUGCCAGAGAGCCUGCGACAGCGGCCACUGGGGACCCAACUGCAGCCACACCUGCAGCUGCAGUGUAGGCCACGGGAGUUGCGAUGCAGUCAGCGGCCUGUGUGCAUGUGAGGCCGGCUACGCGGGCCCGCGGUGCGAGCAGCGGUGUCCCCAGGGCUACUUCGGGCCGGGCUGCGGGCGGCGGUGCCAGUGUGAGCACGGGGCAGCUUGUGACCACGUCAGCGGGGCUUGCACCUGCCCGGCCGGCUGGAGGGGAACCUUCUGUGAACGUGCUUGCCCGGCGGGCUUCUUUGGACUGGAUUGCCGUGGCGUCUGUGACUGUGUCGCCGGAGCCUCCUGCGACUCCGUGAGCGGCUCUUGCCUCUGCCCCGCCGGCCGCCGGGGCCCCCGCUGUGCCCAGGCCUGCCCAGCCCACUCCUACGGACACAACUGCAGCCAAGCCUGCACCUGCUUCAACGGGGCCUCCUGUGACCCUGUCCACGGACAGUGCCGCUGUGGCCCUGGCUGGAUGGGCCCCACGUGCCUGGAGGCCUGCCCCUCAGGCCUCCACGGCGAGAACUGUCAACAUUCCUGCCUUUGCCAGCACGGGGGCACCUGUGACCCUGUCUCAGGCCACUGCACGUGCCCAGAGGGCUGGGGUGGCCCAGCCUGUGAGGAGGAAUGUCUGCCGGGACGCUUCGGGGCCGGUUGCCAACACAGCUGCAGGUGCCUCAACGGUGGCCUCUGUGACCGGUACUCAGGCCGCUGCCUCUGCCCAGCCGGCUGGACCGGGGACGAGUGUCAGAGCCCCUGCCCGCCAGGCACCUUUGGGGAGCGCUGUGGGCAGAAGUGCCGUUGUCCCAGCGAGAACCAGACCUGCCACCCCGCCCUGGGGACCUGCACGUGUGCCGCUGGCUACCACGGCUCCGGCUGCCGGCAGCGGUGCCCCCCUGGGCGGUUUGGACCCGGCUGUGAGCAGCCGUGCGGGUGUCUCCACGGGGGCUCCUGUGAUGCGGCCACCGGGGCCUGCCUCUGCCCUGCUGGGUUCCUUGGGGCCGACUGCAGCCUGGCCUGUCCACAGGGCCGCUUCGGUCCUGGCUGUGCGCAUGUGUGCAGGUGUGGGCAGGGAGCAGCCUGCGACCCCGUGAAUGGCAGCUGCACCUGUCCCCCGGGGAGGACCGGCCUCCACUGUGAGCACGGCUGCCCUCGGAACCGGUUUGGCAUAAGCUGCGAGCACACGUGCUCCUGCAGAAACGGGGGCCUGUGUCACGCCACCAACGGCAGUUGCUCCUGCGGCCUAGGCUGGACGGGGCCGCGGUGUGAGCUGGCCUGCCCUCCCGGUCGCUACGGUGCCGCCUGCCGCCUGGAGUGCUUGUGCCAGAACCACGGCACCUGUGAGCCCACCACGGGCGCCUGCCGCUGCGGCCCUGGCUUCUACGGCCAGGCCUGCCAGCACCGUGAGUCCUGGGGAGGGGACCCCUGCCCGGCAUCCGCCCUUGCCACGUCAGGGGGACACCGAGCCCGCUGCCUCUCAGCAGGGUGUGAAGCAGGCUCAUUUGGAGAGGGCUGCCGCCAGCACUGUGACUGCGAGGCCGGGGCACCCUGCGACCCCGUCACCGGCCAGUGCCUUUGCCCCCCAGGGCGCACAGGAGCCACCUGUGACCAUGACUGCAGACCGGGCUUCUUUGGGCCAGGCUGUGCCUUGCGCUGUAGCUGCGGAGCUGGGGCCGGUUGUGACCCCGUCAAUGGGCAGUGCCACUGCGUGGACGGCUACACUGGGCCCACCUGCCAGCAAGCGGCCUUGCAACCGGCCUCUGACCGACCAGCACCUGGGCUCAGCAGCAGGGCACAGAAACACUAG